CGGCGGCGGAGCUGGAUGGCGACAAGCCCGCGGCCGUGCUGAGUCCUCCAAACCCAUCAUGGAGAAGCGGCGCCGGGCGCGGAUCAAUGAGAGCCUGGGGCAGCUCAAGACGCUCAUCCUGGAUGCGCUCAAGAAGGACAGCUCGCGGCACUCCAAGCUGGAGAAGGCGGACAUCCUGGAGAUGACGGUCAAGCACCUGCGGAACCUGCAGCGGGCGCAGAUGACCGCCGCUCUCAGCGCCGACCCCACGGUGCUCGGCAAAUACCGGGCCGGUUUCAACGAGUGCAUGAACGAGGUGACGCGGUUCCUGUCCACCUGCGAAGGGGUCAACGCCGACGUGCGCACGCGGCUCCUGAGCCACCUCUCGGCUUGCCUGGGCCAGAUCGUGGCCAUGAACUACCCCCCGCCCCCGCCGCCGCCUCCAGCCCAGCCCGCACAUCUGGCGCAGCAGCCGCUGCACGUCCAGCUGCCCCCGGGCGCAGCUGGAGCCGUGCCCGUGCCCUGCAAGCUCAACCCAUCCGAAACGCUGUCCCCAAAAGUUUAUGGCGGUUUUCAGCUCGUCCCGGCUACCGAUGGCCAGUUCGCUUUUCUCAUUCCCAACCCGGCUUUCCCUCCCAGCUCCGGACCGGUUAUUCCCCUCUACGCCAACGCCAACGUGCCGGUGUCGGCGGGAGGAGGCUCCGGGAAUUCGGCCGCCGCCCCCUCGGUAUCUCCCGUGCAAGGUUUGACAUCAUUUGGGGGCAGCAUCGCUCCAGCGUCCCAGGCUGGGAGUCCCGUUGGAGAGCGCAGUGAAUCCGUCUGGAGACCCUGGUGAUUUCCUUCGAGUCAUUCCCACUCUCCAAAAACAGCAACAACAACAACAAAAAAAAAUUACAAACUCUGGUUGGCUCCGUUGUAUGGAGCCCCCGUUACGUUUUGGGGUUUUUAAAGCAGAUUUAAGCAGAAAAGGAAGAAAAGGACCUCGCUAUCAACGUGCUAUUUAUUAUAUUCAGAGGUUGGGAUCUCGACUUGUAUUUUUACUCCUUUAAAAUGCCUUUAUUUGAGAUACUUUUUUUUUUUUUUUAAAGAAACGAACAAAAAAAUAAUAAAUAAAUGAGAAAUAGUUUUGUAACAAAUAUUCAAAAAAAAGUUAUAAUGCCAAAGUUGUUUGUAUCCCGUUGGUCUGUGGGUGUGUGCGUGCCUGUGUCGAAGACUUCCAAAAACAAAAAAAGAAAAACAAAAUGCAGGUGUUUCAAUAAAGGAACUCUUUG